ACGUAGUCAUCCAGACGCAGAAGACGUUGCUGCCCUGAUGAUGAUGGCACGGACAGCAUCCUAUGUUCCUAAAACAGAUCCAGUGCCAUCAUUCAGCCUUGGCUUGACUGAUUCAAGCCAAGAAGAAGCAGCAACGCAGGAGGGAGCGUCAACGUAGGAGACAAAAAGGGCAAAAUCUCCAGAAACUGCAAAUUUGCUAGAACAAUUAGAGGAUUUGGUACAAAAAAAUAGCAAGCAAUGCGGUGAAAGAAGAAAGUAAAAGUCCACAAAUUCAAAAGGAGACUGGGGGAGAAAGUUCUGGGAAGUUUGAAACUCCUGAGGGAAUAAAUCAGAUUACGGAUGAUAUGAAAGAAAAGUGCUACAUCUAGGGGACGCGACUGAAGACAUACGCAGAUGGCGGUACUAACGAGUAUGACCACAUGUGCACACUGAUUGACCAAGAUAAUUACAUUUUAAAUAGAAUGCACCUUGCAUCCCUCCAGGCAGAAAGUUAUAUAGAAUCUGAGAAAAAUGAUAAAAGGUUUCAAGAACAAGUAUACUGUCUCCUCCCCGAUAUUGUGAACAUGGCCCUUUCGAAGCACCCAAAGGGGGAAUUCAUAUCAUCUAAAACCAAUAAAGAAUUCAGGGUGGAAGACUACCCGUGUUUUAUUCCCUUCAUAGAUGCAAAAAAAUUAACUUCGCAUCCAUAUAGUUCCAAUUCAAGUUUUUGUGCCAGUGUCCCAAACAACCACUGUGCCGAAAUUCGAAGAAACACCUGAGACAGAUUUUGAAUCAAC